AUGCCACUGCCGGCAGCAGAAGCCAGUGCAGCCAUUGCAGCUGCUGCUACUGCGGCAUCGGCCUUUGCGGAAAAUGUGGCCUUGGGGGAGCUCGCGCUCCAAGGCAAACCUGCACAGCCUGCCCCAGAUCCUGGUUGCUGGCAGGAUGGCUACAGUGCGGAGCUAUGUUGCAGAGACCCCCCCGUCACUGAUUGUUGGGAUGCUGUGUUCACACGUCAGCGUUGCUGCGCCCAGGCUACGAAGCCCCAGGCAACAGGCGAACCGCAUCUCUCUGCAGAGGUGGCGGCAGUCGUGGCUGCAGCGGCAGCGCGCAACGUGCAGGCGGGCGAGCACCAGGAGCUGCCACCGAAGAAGGAGCUGAGUGAAGCAAACGAGCAGCAAGUGUUCCUGCGGCAAGAAGCACAGCGGCGGUGGCCUGCCUAUUUCAACAGGGCGCACGAAACCCUUAAUGCUGCUCAAGGGUCAUCCCCUGGCCAGCCUUCCAGCAAACCAGAUCCGGUUCAGCUUUAUCAUUUGCUGUAUGAAAGCAUAAACCAGGUAGUUGGAGGCCUUGCAUUGGCCGCCGACGCCUCGCAAAGCGAUGCCGAGCUGAAUUCAGCGUUUCUGAAUGCAGCUGUUUUGCUUGCUCGCUUGGCCCGUGCCAGCCGCGGGACACCGCUGGAGCAUGAGGAUUUCUCCGCCCAGGCUAGUGCGGCGGCUGCGCUGGGCUGCCGGCAUCCAGGCAGCGCGCAGUGUAACCUGACUGAGAGCCUGCGUCGACUGGAGAUGCCCCCAGAAAUUGGCAUUGACUGGCUUCGAGAAGCCUUGCGGGAGAUGAAUGCAAGCCAGGAAGAGAGGGUGGAGCAUCUGCAAAGAUACCAGCGCACUUGGCUGAAGUAUUCUCAGAAUCCUGCCAAAGCAUUGUGGCGGCCUGCAGGUCCGGAUGGUCAUCAAGGUGGGCGCACAAAUACCUACAACCCGCUGGAAACGGGGCAGCUGCGGCAAAGUGUGCGUGGGUCCGGAAGCAUUUGGCAGCUGUUUCCAACGUACAUCAUGGCGCGGGAGAUAGGCCAUGCGUUUUCUUCAUCGAGGGAAGCUGACAGCUGCGUGGCAUGCCAGCAGCUCACUUCGAUCGUGCUUCAGAAGUACCAGCAGUUCCGAGACACGGGAUUCGCCCAGAACAGCCGGCAAGAUGAUGUGAACAAUGCAUUCUUCAAUUGGCAACUUACCCAUGAUGCGGAGCAGGAGGAGGAUGGGUCAGCAGUGUGGCCCGAGCUGUAUCGAGACUCCAAGGACUUCCAGGAACUAAAAGCCUUGGUGAAGCUCUCAUCGCUGGAGUACCUUCAGCAGAUCUACUCGGCAACGUUGUCUGAUGCAGAUCUUGCACAGCUUGAGCUCUCUAUCUGGGCUUCUGUGACUCCACCCAGUAUAGGUGCAGAGGACAAGACCAUGGGCUUGGCAUUCCAUGACCAUCCCCUGGCACUCCUCAGUGGCGUUUUCUACGCUGAAGCAGGGGGUGAGCUUGUCGCGGACCGCACACCCACGGUCUUUGCCGACCCGCGCGGAACGACCGCCUUCCGCUACACGCGGAUGCGCAGCGAUGAUGGGGAAGCUACGCUGGAGCCCACAGCUCCCUUUCAUCGGCUGGCUUAUGCUCACCCAAGGAAUGGCCUGUCCUUGGUGUUUCCCUCUUGGCUGGUUCAUGGUGUGGCACAGCACCGAGGCCCCAAAGACCGUGUGGUGUUUGCCUACAAUCUUCACAGUCUCCCGGGCACAACGCUUGCAAGCUGGGCCAAGACUACACUCUGA